AUUUCAAUUUGUGUUGUUUUUUUCAUGUGGAUGUGUUCUUGUUUAGUGUUAGCACUCUGCGUUUAAAGCUCACAGCGGUACCGAAUAACGUUUACGGCCCAGCGCUGCUAACUUGUGUUAGCAUGUUAGCUUGUUUUUGAUGGCCGGUGUUGUGUUGGAGUUUGUUACCGUGUCAGUUAAGGCGAGAUGAGUUUUGGGGGCAGCAGGUAACGGAAACGUGCCGACAGCUUAACAUACUUCAUCUUCAGAGUCAGGUGUCUGUGAAGUGUUGCUGUAGGGUUGCAUCAGUACCAAAUAAAGGAGAAAAUAUUUAGUUUGCAGCUCACUGUCACAGCAGUGUCGGUGGGAUGUGUGAAUGUGUGGUAAGAAAUGUGUCAUUUCUGUGUAUUAGGCCUUCUACUAAAGCUGUGUUGUUAUGUAGGCUAAUUCUAUAUUAAUAAACCUCUUUUACCUCAUUCUGUCAUUGUGUUAAGCUGGAAAUAAAUGACUCCACUCUUAACUUGGGACCCCUCGUUGCCGCCUUAUUGACCUCUGCCAGUUCCUGGACUCCACUUUGAGCACAACUCUUAUGGACUUUAAAAUAAAUGAUAAGAUGAAUCAAAGGUUGAAGCUUUAAAAUACAAAUAGAAAAUAUAUAUUUAAAAAAAACCACUAAAGAGAGGCAUGAAGUUUCCUUUUCAAAUGAUAUUUCUUACUGCCCUUACUGUCACAUAAAAUGCAACGAUAUACAUCUCACCUCUUGCUAGCAUGGCAUCUCUGUAGCAGCAUCUCCGUCCGUUUCCUGUUGAAAUAAAGGCAUAAAGUGCUUAACAGUACACACAUCUUCUUGCUUGCCGUAGCUGCAUAGUAUUUUCUUUUUUGCCAGUUUAUCUGUAUUUUAAUCCACACUUGUGCACCACAAGGCAACCGGACAACACCAUCCAUGAAAGACACUUUUUUCAGCGCUUUUGUUGCAGUGUGCAUAUCUGAUGCACUAAGAAGGGGCUGUGAUUGGAUGACAGGUGACACUUGACAAACGUGGUCAGUGCAUGAUGGGCUACUGUUUUUUUUUAUAAUGAUCAGAUCUAGGAUCAGCUAAAUGUCCUCUAAUGAUUACAUAGAACUUCAAUACAGGACAAGGGGCGUCCCGCUCUGGACAAAUUUAGUUUGAAAAAUGGGAUGUCCCAGCUAAUAAAUGAUGGUUUAACCCUACUCUCACCUGUCUGUCUGUUUGGAUGAUUUCAGAGCUGAAAGGAGCCAACAGGAACGUUUGCAGGACGAUAACUUGCAACAAUCUGAGCUGCUGAUAUGAGUUCUUCAAAAGAGGUGAACCUGAGCAGACCUCAUCAGUGUCAGCACUGUGAGAAGUCUUUCAGUCGGAUCUGCAGUCUGAGAAGACAUGAACUCAGUCACUCUGUAGACAAACUGCACCACUGCGAGCAGUGUGACAGCAGCUUCAGCCAGCUGGAGGCGUACCAGCUCCACCUGCAAACACACGCUGAAGAAACACCGUACUCCUGUGACCAGUGUGGGCGGAGCUUCAGCAGCAACAGCUCAUACAAAGAACACCUGCGGGAACACACAGGGGAGUACCAGUGUGACCAGUGCGAGAAGAGUUUCACUUAUCUCAGUAUUUAUAAGAUUCACAUGCGAGUUCACACCGGAGAGAAACCAUACCGCUGUGAUCAGUGUCCUAAGAGUUUCAGUUUUCUCAGUUCAUACAAGAGACACCAGCUUAGCCACAGCGGAGAGAAACCAUACCAAUGUGACUUCUGCGGGAAAAGUUUUACUCAGUCUGGACAUUUCAGUUUGCAUCUACGUAACCACACAGGAGAGAAACCGUACGAGUGUGAGCAAUGUCAGAAGAGUUUCAGCGACCUGAGCGGAUACAGGAUUCACAUGAGAGUCCAUACAGGAGAGAAACCGUACUGCUGCUCCCAGUGUGGGAGGAGUUUCUCUCAGUUAGGUAACUACAAAUCACACAUGCGCAUCCACACCGGAGAGAAACCAUUCCAAUGUGAACUGUGUGACAAAAGUUUCUCUAUAUCAAAAACAUACAAACAACAUGUGAACACGCACACUGGAGAUAAACCGCACAAGUGUGAGGAGUGCGGGAAAGGUUUCGGUCGACUGAGCAACUACAUGAGACACCUUCGAAUCCACACUGGGGAGCAGCCGUACAGCUGUGAGCAGUGCGGGAAAUGUUUCAACAGUUCGUACAGUUACAGCCGACACCUUCGCGUGCACUCUGGAGAGAAACCGUACUGGUGCUCUCACUGUAAGAGAUUUUUCACUCGGUCUCAAUCCUUAAAGAAACACCGCUGUGUGGAGGUGGAAGAUGAGGACAGUCUGACUGUGUGUAAGGAAGAAGAAGAACCACUGAGCUGCUCUCAAACUCAACAGGCUAUCAAUAACCAACAACAGCCAACAAAUUAAACCUCUGUGUGUGUGCAUAAAGGACAUUAUCACCUCACACAAAGCAACCCUGUGGCUCGUUAAAGUGUUGCUAAUUUAUUUUAUAUAACAACAGAGCAUAAUGUCGCAGAGACAAUAGAACACAAGGAUCUCACUUUGACACGUACAAUAUUUAUUGGUGAGAAACAUAUUUAUACCAUGACAGUAUUCUAUAUUGGUUUGGUCGUUUCUAAGAGAUUUUUAACAAACAGUAAAAGUAAGUAAUUUAAUAUUUCACCUGCCCAUCCUUUUAAAGCCUGUCCAGAUGUUUUUUUUUACAGCACAGGCCCAAUUUUCUAUUUGUGUUCUUAUGUGUAAAUGGCGUAUGAAUACAAAAAAGUUUUGGAAGUGAUGCACCAUAUUUCUUAAGUUGCCAUCAGGAAUUAGGCUGUAAUGGCUGCAACACAAACCCAAUGGAUGAUAUAUCAAUCAUAGUGCGCCUUCUAUAAGUUCCUAUUUUUGUUUUUUAAUGACACCAGACUCAUUGACAAAAACAGGCCUCAGAACACACGAGUUAUAGACUGAAAAAGGAGCAAUUACAAAAUCUGUUAGAGCCAUUUAGAAGACAAAAAUAUGUUAAAAAGAGAAAAUGAAAAAAAAUUGGGCUCUGUGAUUAAAAUUUUUGUAUUCUCCUUCGACCCAGUCAUUUCUGUAGCCUGAGAUUUGAGGAGCUUAAUGGACUUUUUAAUGACUAAUAGUGAGUUUAAAAAAAAGAAAUGAAUCAACAAACACAUCAGUGUAAUCAGUGUUUUCUUGUUUUAACAUUGUGAAAAGCUGUUUUUAUCACCUUUUUUUUGACUGAAUUAAUCAGUUAAUCCAGAGAGAAAUGACAAUAUUUGUGCCCAUCACUUGAGAACAAAAACAAACCGCUCUCUAUAUAUUCAUUAAAAUUAUUCAAAAUUGACUGUACAUAAACCUGUAUACAAAUAUUUAUUCAAAUAUUUAUUGUGUCAUAGAAACUAAAAGGUAUAUAUGAAAUAAAUAUUUGAUUUAUUUCAUAAUUUAAUCCUGAA